AUGACCAAGCGAAUUCAUCGACUCGAUGCCAACAUCGCAGCGGCCAUAAGAUCUCAUGUAAGCAUCAGCUCAACGACAGUGGCCAUCAAGGGUUUAGUAGAAAACAGUUUCGAUGCAACAGCAAGCGAAAUAGAGGUAAAUGUUGUGUUCGACAAGAACUCGAUACUGAUCCUUGACACCGGUAGUGGUAUAUCACCAGAUGAUAUGGAAUUGGUUGCAGAAGCGCAUUGUACAUCUAAAGGCAGUAGGAACGAUGCCAACGGCGGGAAUUAUGGUUACAGAGGGGAGUUUCUACAAUCUCUAAGCAAUGUUUCCCAUUUAACCAUUAUUUCCAAGACAGCAGGCCAAGAAGCCAGAAUAAAGGGUUCAGAUGGUGCUAUUAAAACUCUCAGCGAGACAGAUUUUGUUUUAAAAUCGUUGCCGUCGCACUCGAAAUCUUUGCUGGAGUGGAUACUGAAGGAAAAUGGAACAAUCAUUUGGGCUGACAAGUUUUUUUACAAUUUGCCUGUUAGACGUAAGAAACUUGCAGCUGAACCCGUUUCAAAGAUCUUUCAUCAGUGCCGCUUCGAUUUAUUUCGUUACCAGAUCAACAGCUCUUCUGCCGCUGUCCAAUUUUACAAAAUUGACGGUAAAAGCGAGAGGCGUCUUAUGGUGCGGUCAUCGGGAGUGAGCGAGACUCUACCAUUCCACGUGAAGGUUAAACAUUGCUACGAGAGUAUUUACGGCAGUACGGUGUGGCCCAAAAAUGCUGAAGACAUUUCUGUCAGUUAUAAAGGACAACGAGUCGAAGGGGUUUUAGCUUUGGUACCCAAGGAUUUAGCCGAACUUACCGUAGUGUUGCUCAACAAGAGGUUACGCGACGAGGAACACGGUCUUGAAAAAGGCAUUAGCAAGCAAUUCUCAUCCAAAAUGCAAAAAAUUAGCAAUCCAUAUCAUUCCGCUCAGAAACUAGGACUGUCUUUGCGUUAUAGCCCGUUCUUUGUUCUGAGAUGCUCCUCCGUCAAGCUACAAUGCUCUGCUAACCUGACGUUAUUUCAUUCGCUUGCAAUUAAGACUAUUGAAAAGUUUUUGAGCUUUAAGCUGCAAGAGUCAAGUGCCUAUGAUACUCUUGAAACGAGCUCACCCGUUUUUGGCCAAGUUUCUCAUGAAUUCAGCACUCCUUCGCCAAUCUCGCCCAAUUGUCGAAGAUCUCACUUCUGCAGCGAAGGUCAGCAAACGAAGAAGAGAAGAAAGAUAUGUGCCAAUUACCACAGCAAAAGCUCCGCUAAAGAUACCACGGUAAAAUUUGAGACAACGAAGCAGACACUGCUUUUGCAUCCUCUUUUGAAACCAGAAACUUAUUACUCUAGUGACACAAGCAGUAGACUGAGGCAAAGGGGCAGCUCCGAUGCGUAUGAUACAUCUGUUAUAACUAGAGAAGAAUUGAGGUCUUGUUCCGUAGUUGGGCAAGUUGAUCGAAAGUUCAUUCUUUUGAGGUCUGCCUUAAGUCGAAGAACUUCGGACAACAAAAUCAUGAUUCUUGAUCAGCAUGCAGCAGAUGAAAGGGUUAGGUACGAGGAAUAUUUGGAACGAUAUAUUUCAGACUCCGUGAGUUCCUUCAGUCGCAAUUUGGCCACUUUUUAUUUCCGAACAAGCUUGAGCAUAGUUCAUGCCCAGCUUGUGGAGGAGUUCAUUAGAGAGUUCCAAGUUUGGGGCAUUAACAUCCACAUAUCGACUUCCCCUGAAGAAAGAGAUGCGCUUUUGAUUGUAUCAAGCUUGCCCGAUUUUCUCGAACGUAAGGUCCGAAAAGAUGCCUCUUUCUUGGAAGCAGGCCUUUAUAAAUAUGCUGAAGACCUUAGAACAGGAAGGAAGACGAAAGCCACUGAAACUUGCCCCCAAAUUGGGUCAACAAAAGACUUAAAAGUUGAUUGGUGGAAACUUGAGGCUGCAAUCCCUGAUAUGAUAUUGCAAGCACUAAAAAGUAAAGCCUGCCGAUCAGCUAUAAAGUUUGAUGACUUUUUGACAUCUAGUGAAUGCCAAAUUAUUACUGAGUCCUUGGCAAGGUGUCACAGCCCUUUUUGCUGCGCCCAUGGUAGGCCGUCUGUAGUUCCAGUCGUCAGUUUAGCCGAUGCUGGAUACUUUUAUGCAGGAACAUCCUCUAAAAGUGAGAACUUGUGA